AUGUGCACUCCGCGACGUCUGGGGGAAGACUUGUGGCGCGUGAAGCCGGAACCUGCCGGCGCCUAUCCUCGCUACGACAUCCCGGACCUCCCCACGCGCAUCCGGUCGAUCGCUGCCGCCCUGACUCCGAUCCUCCCGGCCUCCUUCUUCCUCCUGCCCCAAGUCCUCGGCGGCCCCGACGUCGAGCUCCAGCUCCUGGCGUUCUUCCUCGCUUCUCUCCUCGCCUUUUCCACGGGUACGAGAGAAAAUUAUUUAUAA